ACAAACGAAAUGAGACAGACAGGGGUGACAAAUAAGCAAAGGUAACGAGCAGCUUUGUAAGAAGAAGGAAAGUUGGUUGGAGUGUGAGAAAGAAGAAACAAAACCUAUACAUACAUACAGCAAUCUCUCUAUAUUGAUUGAUAUUCUUCUCCCGCGAAGAUUUGUUCAUCAAUCGAGAAAGAUUCCGGCGAGAUUACUUUCAAUCUUCUCGUGAACUAACAAAUUCAUAUCUAUAAAGACGUUUCACCUGAAUCAGUCAUUUCAAAGCACCUUUCCAGAUUGUGAUUUAUGAGCUAGGGUUUCGGGUGAUUUGUUUAUGUAUUAAUGGUGGUAUGUGAAGACUUCUGCUGAGUUUGGACCACCAUUCUGUUCCUGCCUAAAAUGUCAGGGUUUGAAGGAGUUGAUGUUUUUGAUGAAGUAAGGGAAAGAAGGUUGGAUUUAGACAUUUCUGAAGAUGAAAGAAGAAGAUCUAAAAUUGGAGCUCUGAGAAAGAAAGCGAUAAACGCUUCUAACAAGUUCACUCAUUCACUUAAGAAAAGGGGGAAAAGGAAAGUUGAUUACAGAGUUCCUUCGGUUUCGAUUGAAGAUGUACGCGAUGCAAGUGAAGAAAGAGCUGUUCAUGAACUCAGGCAAAAACUUAUUGACAAAGACUUGCUUCCUGAGAGACAUGAUGAGUAUCAUACCUUGUUGAGGUUUUUGAAGGCAAGGGAUUUUCACAUUGAGAGAACGAUCCGAAUGUGGGAAGAUAUGCUAAAUUGGCGAAAAGAGUACGGGGCAGACACAAUACUAGAGGACUAUGAAUUUGAAGAACUCGAAGAAGUAUUACAGCAUUACCCUCACGGGUACCAUGGAGUUGAUAGAGAAGGAAGGCCUGUUUAUAUCGAAAGGCUUGGGAAAGCGCACCCCAGUAGACUUAUGCGCAUUACCAACAUCGACCGUUACCUAAAAUAUCACGUCCAAGAAUUCGAACGGGCUUUUUGUGAGAAAUUCCCAGCUUGUUCAAUUGCAGCCAAGAAGCAGAUAUGUUCUACUACAACAAUUCUUGACGUGCAAGGCUUGGGAUUGAAGAAUUUUACUCCCAGCGCUGCAAGUAUUCUUGGAGCUAUGGCAAAGGUUGACAAUAACUAUUAUCCUGAGACAUUACAUCGUAUGUUUGUGGUCAAUGCUGGCUCCACCUUCAAAAGAUAUAUAUGGCCUGCUGCUCAAAAAUUCCUGGAUGCAAAAACAAUUUCAAAAAUUCACGUGUUGGAGCCCAAGUCAUUGGGGAAACUGCUUGAAGCCAUUGACCCGAGCCAAUUGCCUGAUUUCCUUGGUGGUUCGUGCGCGUGUCCAGUUGAGGGUGGUUGCCUUAGGUCUAACAUGGGUCCGUGGAAUGACCCUGAAAUUAUGAAGGUUGUGAAUAAUGCAGAAGCCACAUUUAUAAGACAAAUCACCAGUGUUUCUAGUGAUCAACAGAAAGUUGAUUCUUAUGUACAAGUACACCCUGUAAAGGGUAGGAGAAGUGAUGCAUCAACUAUCGAAUCAGGAUUAGAUUUUGAAGAAAAUCUUUGUUCUCUAACUACUCGAACGAGUUCUAUGAAUCCAAAAUUAGAAUCAGUUUGUGAAGAGGUGAUGGAAUCUGCUUCACCUGUUUAUUAUAACUGUCAUGAUCAUUUUAGUCCCGUUGAAGAACUUUCUAUUUCUCAUAAUAGAUCUAUUUCCGAUAUGUUAGUUAACCUAUGGUUGGAUAUUAUUUACGAGAAGAUAGUGAAGAACAGCCUCAAUAUAAUAGGAAGACCACUUGUGUUCUUGUUUGCAAGACUGAUUGCUUUGACUGGAAGUCAACCCGUUGAGUUUUGGAGAAGACAGAACAAUGCAUAUCCCGCGAAUGCAGUGGAAAAAGAAGCUGAAACAGAAUCCGAACCAGAAAAUGAUAGGGAAGAUAACGGGUUUCCAUUUGCUGAGCGACUUCAGAAUCUUGAAGUGUUAUUGGAAGAACUCAAAAACAAGCCUGCUGAUAUACCUGUUGAGAAAGAACAUAUGUUGCAUGAUUCUUUGGAGAGGAUUAAAUCUGUUGAAUUUGAUCUUAAUAAAACCAAAAGUGUACUUCAUGCGACAGUGGUAAAGCAACUUGAGAUUGCAGCGUUGAUGGAAAAUAUGAAGGAUACUAAAUUCCGCCGACGAAGGAUUUGUUGAAGUGUGAUGGACGGCCAGGAUCGUUUUUAGCAGCAUAUAUGGAGGGGGAGAAAGUGCAUCCAUGGUGUCAUGUAGAGAUGAAGUAGGAAGUGAACCCAUGGAGUAGGGUGAUAACUUUGUUUUAAUGUAAAAACAAAAGCGGUAGAGAAAGGUUUACUUGGUUGGUAUAAAUAGCUAGGAAAUGAGAAGAAAGCAAAAGUGAAAUCAUGAAAAUAUAUUAAUUUUGGUUUU